CUACUCCGUAAAAUAAAGCCUCGAAAGCUCAACGCCUCAAUCGUUUAUCGAACAAAACAGAACAGAAUCUGAUCCUCUAGAGAUAUCUUCUUAUUCAAACAGCUUUUUUUUCUCUGAUCUCUUUCAUUCCUCUGUGAAGUGCUCGAAUCUUCUCUCCAUAGAACAGUAGAAAUGGAGGGGACUGUGUUUGCCCCGGCAUUGGAUGGGAUGAAGCAUGUGAAAUCUGAACAAGGGGAAAUGCUGACUAAGCCUUUCUUGGAUGUGUGCAAGAUGAUAUUGCCUAUUAUCGAUAAGUUUGGAGCUGCUAUGGCUCUUGUAAAGUCUGAUAUUGGUGGCAAUAUAUCGAGGUUAGAAUCUAAAUAUCAAUCAAAUCCAUCUAAAUACGAACACUUGUAUAGUAUGGUGAAGGAAGAGGUUGAGGCUAAAACGGCAAAAUCAUCCUCUAGUUGUACCAAUGGUCUUCUGUGGUUAACAAGAGCUAUGGAUUUUCUGGUGGAACUUUUCCGUAACUUGCUUGCGCAUCCAGAUUGGGCAAUGUCUCAAGCCUGUACAGAUUCUUAUGGCAAGACACUGAAAAAAUGGCAUGGCUGGCUUGCAAGUUCAAGUUUCACUGUUGCCAUGAAGCUUGCUCCGGAUAGGAAGAAAUUCAUGGAAGUUAUUACUGGCUCUGGCGAUAUUGCUGCUGAUAUGGAGAAAUUUUGCUCUGACUUUCCGCCAUUUUUGGAAGAGAAUCACAAAUUUCUGGCUAGUGUUGGUUUGGAUGGUCUCAAAGCUUCAUAACUGGAGAGGUGCAUUGAGAAUGCCUGUGGUUUUCUUUCUCCUCUUUUUUCUAAUUUAGAACUGUUAAACAUUUUGUUGUUCCCUUAAAACCCGAAAUCACUGAUAAUAUCAGCAGUGACCUAUCCAUGACGCCAAUCUCUUUUAUGUUAUCCCCAUUUUAUUUCAGUGAUAUUUGACUGAUUGUAUCUCCUUGAUUGUCCCAAAACCUAAAGUUAAUUUUGUGGUUUGAUGGGAAUGCAAACCCUUUCUGAUUUUACGGGUCC